CAGAAAUAAAAUGUAGGGAGUUGUCCGGCACAGCCUUACCACUUACCGACAACCGUAGCUUAAGUUUAUUCUCAAAGUUAUUCGUAACGUGAACCACGUUAAACGCAUGCGCGUGAAUUAGUUCGCUCGGCGGACAUUUACGGAUAUAUAAUAAAACUAUUUUUCAUUUGAAUGUUGGAUUUACACGAUCACAAUGAAGCUUUGGACGCUAAUACUAUGCGUCAUCCCCAGUAUAACAUCAAUUACGAUUUCAUCAAACGGAAACAGUCCAGAAACUAAAAUUGUAAGUCACGUGGAACUAGAAACACUCAAUGAUUUCAAAAUGAUGACAGACAGAUCGGACAACUCAGCAACCAAUAGAUAUAAAGCCACAAGAGAUUUGAAAAUAAAUUCUACCAAGAUUGGGAUCAACGAAAGAUAUCGAAGGUUAAUUCCAUACAUGACAUUUUAUUAUGCCAACGACAUUGCCACACCGCCUACGUUAACAAGACAGGAAGAGGCGAAAUCUGUAGAAGUAGAAAAGGCACAUAUUAUAGAGACGGGCAAUAUAGCACCAAACCAAAGAGAUGAGAGAGUUAUUCAUACAUUUGGCAGACAUAAAAAUAUUCCAAGAUAUCAAGGUAACCGCCUCACCCAACAUAAUAUUGCUUCAGCGAAUCCCACAAAACUAUACUUAAAAGAAAUGAUUCCCGUAUUUUAUCAGCCGACUGAAAACACAAAUCCUAAUUUUAAUCCUGUCCCAAUUGGCUUCAGUGUCCAGGGAGAACGUAAUUAUGAUAGAUAUAUUGUAAAACCAAAUAAACCUUCAAUUAGGGUUCCAUUUGCUCAACCUACCAGAAAGCCAUAUUUAAACGUGCACCAAAAUGAGGACGCAAACAUACAAUAUUAUCUGUCGGAAAAAGAAGAGGCUACGAAAUAUAAGCUAGUCCCUUACGAACAGACACCUCCUAUAAAAUUCCAUGACCAAACAGACGAAAUCGAAGUUAACAGACAACAGUAUCAUCCAGUUGUUAUUCCCAAGGAAUCCGUGUAUAUAAAACCAAAACCAACCCAAUCUCAACAUACUUAUCAGAAUUAUGAUCAGCAAUAUAAGACAAGGAGACCUCCGACAACCAUAUCUGAAAUGUAUUACGAAAAGCAAACGCCAGUUGUAACUUUAGCAGAGCCUGUAAUUGAAGGUGGUUUUAGACCAAUAAUACCUUCGCAAGUACAUGCUACUGAAAGUCCCCAUAUAAAACCACAAUCGUAUCAUGAACGAGUACCCGAAUUUGAUCAAAUUCCAGAAGAAAUACCUAACAGACAACCUAAUUAUCAAUAUGUUUUAGAAGAACCCUCUUACAUAUCUAAGCCUACCCAUAAUGAGAAAACAAAAACUGUGAGCUUAGCAGAUCUUCUAAAUUCUUUGCAGAUAAAUAAAUCUAUACCUAAGCCAAUAACAAAAGAUAAUGUCAGUGCUUCAAUAGCCACAUUACUCCAGGUUUUAAAUACAUUAAAAGCACAACAAAAUGAAGUUGAAGCACCAGUUCUAAGUACUCCAAAAGCAUUUGAGGCCCCAGAAGUUAUAAUAAAAACAACACCAGCACCUCCAACACCAUCUACUUUAGACUCACCACAACAUAGCGUGGAAUUUAAUGAAGAACAUUACUUAGCUCCCGUAAAUACACCCUCUCAACAUUUAGAUGAUUUUCCAACUGGUGGAAGCAGUCAACAGUUUCCACUUCAAAUACAUUCAGACGAUGAAGGCGGUACACCGGGUCGACCAGGUGUAGAUUAUCCCAUCUUAACCGUCAUUCCACCAACUAAAUUUGACUGUAAGACACAACGCUACAAAGGAUUUUUUGCGGAUCCUGAAACGCGGUGCCAAGUAUGGCAUUACUGCGAUUUAAACGGCGGUCAAGCAUCAUUUUUGUGCCCCAACGGCACAAUAUUUUCACAGGCAGCUUUAACGUGUGACUGGUGGUUCAAUGUGCGAUGCGCCUCUACAGCUCAACUUUAUGUUUUAAAUGAGAGUCUCUACAAGUUCAUAUUACCGCAUUCUCCGAAAUUCCCCGAAGACUACAGUGGACCCUUAGUUGACAAAUAUCUAACCUUAAAAUUUAAAGAAAUGGAAGAACAAUUUAAGAAAAACAAAAACAAAAGUAAAACGGCAUCAGAAAAGGUGGAUGAUGAAGGUACAAACGAAAAGAUUCCUGAAGCGACCAGUAGAGAGGACAAGGGAAGCGAUGAUGGGGGUACAUCAAUAAGCAACGCAGGUGUAAUUGUUGAAUCUGCUGGUGCCAGUGGCAAUGUUGAGAGAUUACAGGAGUGAUAGGAUGUAUGCAUAUCUGUUAAAUUUAAACUUAUGGACGAAUUGUUAUCAAAAUACCUGUUACGAGAUAUUCAUAAUCCUAAGUCAACUGUGAUAGUUUUAGUUAUGAACUAUUUAUAAAUAAAUCCAUUGAUCAGAUGUCAUUUUCUUAGAUGAUCGAAGAGUAAUAUACGAAAUAGCAAUAGAAUAUUAAGAAUUAAACUUGCCAUAUUUCGCCAUGUUUAAUUCGAUUAAGUUAGGUGUAAGAUUAUGUAGUAUUUUAUUCUGUAAAAUUAUAUUCUUGAGGCCAGAAGUCUAGAAAUUUUAUAAUUAAUAUAUAUUAUUUUACCUUGAUAUGUUUGUAUUUUUGAAUGUGUUAAUGAAGCAUUCCUAUUUAUUUCUAAUAAAGCUGUGAGCGGUGUGCAAUAUGAAUAUAUAAGUGUUAAUUUUAUUUGAAAACUAUCAAUUUAUGUAUGAUAUUUUGAAUCGGUGCAAUAAAUUGCUAAUAUUUCAUUGUUU